ACGACGCAGCAUGGGCUAUACGAAGAACCGCGUACUGCAGAUCCUAACUUUGAUUCUGGGACUGCUGGGACAGGUAGUGAGAUCUGAAUAUGGCGACCUGGCUGGCGAUUGGCUGGUGGAUUAUGGUCAGCAGGAGCUGAAACUGCUGGAGGGCGAAAGUGAGCAGGUGGAUUUGCAUAUAUACAAUGUGAUACCCAAGGAUUCGUCGCUGGAUUAUUAUUUUAUGGUGUACUCACGAGAUGACCAGCGGGCUUUGUCUCUGGUUACGAUACUGAAAGAGGAUUUCGAUUUGCUGGGCAGCUGGCGAGGAUUGAUCGAUGUUACGGGCGUACGAUUUGGAUAUAGUUCGCUGGAAGUGGAGCUGAAAUCGGUCGGAUUGACGGAAACGUAUGCCAAUCCGCUGCGAAUUGCGGUGUUAAGAUCGCGAGUGGUGGACGAACGGGUGACCACCUAUGUGUCCGCUGCCCUGGCCCUGAUGAUGUUCCUCAAUCUGGGCACUGUGCUGGAUAUGCAUCGCCUGGCGGGGAUUAUCUGCCGACCCGUUGGACCCGUUGUGGGCGUGGUCAGUCGGUUUCUGCUUAUGCCCGCCCUGGGAUUCGGAUUGGGGCGUGGCCUUUGGCCGGGCUCCUGGGCCAUGCAGUUGGCCCUCUUCUACACGGCCCUGGCUCCCAGUGGCGGGCUGGCCAACGUGUGCGGCGUCUUUCUCAAGGGAAAUAUCAAUCUUUCCGUGGCCACCACAACGAUCAAUUGCCUGCUGGCCCUGGCCUUUCUGCCCCUUUGGAUCCUGGUUCUGGGCAGGCUGCUCUACGAGGACGAUGAGCUGGCUGUGCCGUUUGGCCAGCUUUCGGGCGGAGCAGCUGCCCUGGUGGCCUGCCUGGCCAUUGGCAUUUUGCUGCGACUCUGCGUCCCGAGGACCACGCGGCUCAUCUUCCGCUUCCUGAAGCCACUGUCCGUGGUCCUCAGCUUGUGCCUGGUGGGGCUGACGGUGGGUCUCAACUGGUUCGUCUUCCUGGAGUUUACCUGGCAGGUUCUGGUGGCUGCCGUGUGCCUGCCCCUCGCUGGCUACCUGGCCACCUAUCUCCUCUCCAAGCUCCUCUGCCGAUCGGCCACCGAUGCCCUGACCCUGUCCAUCGAGGCCAGUGUGCUGAACAUGACCAUGCCCAUUGUGUUGCUGCAAUCCAGCCAGCUGGAGCAGCCGCAACUGGACCUCAUCCUGGUGGUGCCCAUUGCAUCCUCGCUGCUGUCCCUCGUCCUGGUGAUCCUCUUUUAUGGAAUCCGGCGUUGUUUUGGCUGCAACAAGCGGCAGGAUGCCGAUGGUUUUGACCACAAGGAGCUGAUAGCGGAGCAUGAAGAGCACGAGGGUGCUUGAAUCGUUUCCUAGCUUUAGUUUUAAUUGUUAUGAAACGAAAUGUACUUUUGCCAAGACUAUGCACUAAGUAAUAAGAAAGAUUUCUCGAUAUGAUUUAAAUUCAGAAUAACCAUUUUUCAUAAAAAAUAUCCCUUUUUAAAUAUUUUCCU